GAAACACCCUCUACUUCAUCACAACAACAGAUGACUGAAGAAAAUGUGACCUCGACACCGGAACAUAGACAUAUUGCAGAGUCCGACGUAGGACAUAUUGAAGAACUGACAGAAUCGGAGAGGAUUCAAAACACAGACAGCAAUGGAUCAACACAUGGAAAAGGAAAUGUGUCUGAAGCAGCCGAAGACAAAAGUAGCGUAAAAGUUUUGCCUACAAUUGCUAAAAUUUCACAAGGUAUUACUCGUGAAGAGAUCACAAAGGUGAAGUCAUCCGCGCUUGGCAUAACCUACAGCAUGUGGGACUUCGGAGGACAAGAAAUUUACUACAUCACACAUCCACUUUUUCUGUCAUGGCGGUCCCUUUACAUUCUUGUUAUCCCGCUACACCUGGAGCUGAGCGAUAAAGCACCGCGUGAAGAAGGUGACCAAGAACAUUUAGAAGGGUCUGCUGUAAGAACACAUCGUACCAUUCUGGAAUUGAUACAUUUCUGGCUGAUGUCAGUCUACACCCAUGCAGUACCAGAUUCUAAUCUAGACUCAACAUAUGAACCAAAGGUCUUGUUAAUAGGAACGUUUGCGGGUAAAGAGGGCCCGGUAAUCAACGAGGAGAAGGUCACGGCCAAAUUCCAAGAACUGAAGGACCGGUUAGGAUCCAACCCCUAUUGGAAGCAAGUUCUCUCUCCCAUGCUUGGGAUUGACAAUCAAUUUUCUGAAGACUCUGAAGUGAAUACAAUUCAAGAUCGCAUUGAUGGACUCAUACAGGACUCAGAGUAUAUGAAAGUUCGAAAGCCAACUAUGUGGAGAACAUUUUUAACUGAGAUAGAGAGCCGUGAUCUAAACAGCCUAACAGUGACUGAGGCACGCCCGAAAAUGGAACGUUUGGGAAUCAACAAAGACAAAGUGGAUGAUGUUCUAAAGUUCUACCAUGACAUAGGACACCUGAUAUAUCACCAGGGAUGUGAGCUUAUUGUACUAAAGCCACAAUUUCUGAACAGCAUCGUCAGUAAUAUCAUUACAGUCAUCGAUGACAAGAAAAUGGGAGGGGACCUACGCGAAUAUUGGAGAAAUCUCAAGGGAAAGGGUGUUCUUAGUAUAGAAUUGAUCGAAGCUGUCUUGAAGGAACAAAACGAAGACCAUGAUCAGCUCGAUUACAUAAUUGACAUGAUGAUCAAGUUUGAUCUGAUCUGUGAAAUACCAGAUAUGUCUGGUGUGGGUUAA